AUGAGCUCGGAAAAUUUGCCGCCUCAAAAGAAACAGGGCAUGCCCCAGGUUACAAAAGAGCUCGGUGUUCUGGAGCCCAUGGAUACAGAAGUGGCCAAUUUCAACUCCAAUAUGCGGGUCACAGAUGCUGUAUGCCCUGUUCUCCCACCAAAUCAACUUCCACAGAAUAUGGAGGUCAACAAGCCCUUUGAUGUUUCUGAAACUCUUUCGGAUAGCCUUGGCAGCGGAAAAACGGGUAGCAGUGAGGCCUUCGCUGAAGAAUGUGUCUCACGAUCCUCCGGCGUGCUGGAACAUCUCUUCACCAACAUUGAAGACCCUCGGAAAGUCGAAAUCAGGAACGAACUUCGUCUCCUAAGUAACGCCUCGAUGAUUCGUUGUCUUCCCUGGAAGAUUCUGCUCGUCUUCCCACGACCGGAAUCGCGCAGCGCGAUGGGCAUGUUCCUGCAGUGUAAUGCGGAGAGUCCCUCAACCACGUGGACCUGCUACGCACGCGCCAAUCUAGAACUAGUCUCACAGAAUAAGCGUGUGAACAACAAGAAGCUUCGUAUCCGUCACACCUUUGCUCACAAGGAGAACGAUUGGGGCUACCAGACUUUCAUUCCCUACAAUGAUCUCUUCAAUCCUGAAAAUGGCUAUGUGGUGAAUAACACUAUUCAUGCUCGCAUCACUGUCGACGCUGACGCCCCACACGGUGCUGAAUGGGACUCCAAACGUUUCACCGGAUUCGUUGGCUUGAAGAACCAGGGGGCGACCUGCUACCUAAACUCCGUACUCCAAGCCCUCUACUGCACCAAUUGCCUGCGUUCAGCCGUAUUUCGAAUGCCUACUGAGAGUGAUGACAGCCUUACUAGCGUCCCACUGGCGUUGCAGCGCACCUUCUAUGAACUCCAAACCUCCGCGCAUGCUGUUUGCACCGAGAAGUUGACCCGCAGCUUCGGCUGGGCCACUUGGGACUCUUUCAUGCAGCACGAUGCACAAGAGUUAUGUAGGGUCCUGUUAGACAACAUCGAAAACAAGAUGAAGGGUACAGCUGUGGAGGACAUCAUACCAAAUCUGUUUAGUGGCAGAAUGGUCUCCUACAUCAAAUGUACGCAAGUUAGCUAUGAAUCAAAGCGGGAGGAAAACUUCUACGACAUUCAGCUAAAGGUCAACGGCAACAAAGAUAUUCAUGCUGCCUUUAAGGAGUACAUACAAGUGGAGAUGUUGGCUAACGAUAACAAGUACGACGCCGGCAAGUAUGGUCUCCAGGAGGCUGAAAAGGGCGUCAAGUUUAUCAAAUUUCCUCCGGUCCUCUACCUCCAAUUAAUGCGUUUCCAAUAUGACUUUCACUCGAACACCAACGUGAAAAUAAACGACCGUUUCGAAUUCCCCUACGACCUCGAUUUGAAGGACUAUGUUCUGGAUCCAGCGGAGGCCCAGUACACUGAUUACUUCCUGCAUGCCGUUUUGGUACAUUCCGGCGACCACCACGGUGGCCACUAUGUUGUCUACAUCAAUCCACUUGGGGACAAUGACUGGUACCAGUUUGAUGACGACGUAGUCUCUAGGUGUUCGCCAAAGGAUGCUAUUGAAAUGAAUUAUGGGAAUUCCGAAGAUCCAGAUAUUCGAGCCUUUACAAACGCCUACAUGCUGGUUUACAUCGCAAAGAAUGCCAAAGAGGAGGUAUUGCGUCCAGUCACGGAACAGGAUAUACCAGCGUCAUUGUGUUCCCGAUUCCUAGAGGAACAGAAUGUUGAUGAACAGAAACAGAAGUUUAAGGACAGUGCACAUGAAUUCCUCACGGUCAACGUUCUUCUCGAGGAGGACUUUAAUGGCUAUGAAGUAGGUUUACCCCUGUGCGAAAUUUUUACCGGCAUGUAUAUGUUCAGCCCGUCCAACCUGUUGUUCUGCUUAGCUACAACCGUCUUUCAGACGUAG